GGCGAGAUAUGAGCUUCCGCUUCCGGGGUCACGCACCACUUCCGCUUCUGCACCGUUCUCUUGCUGUCCCGUCGGCUGAAUCUGCGUGGAAGUCUGGGUGCUUUAGGACUGUUUUCCUUGAGACUGUCCCCUUGGUCGAUCGGGCACCUCCAGUGUGGGGGAGGCCAGAAAUCACCUUCACAACAGGCUCUCGUGUCCGAGUUGGUGUGGGACGUUAGAUCGGGAUGAUCGAAGUGGUCUGCAACGAUCGGCUGGGCAAGAAAGUGCGCGUAAAGUGCAACCCUGAUGACACCAUUCGAGACCUCAAAAAACUCAUCGCCGCCCAGACUGGCACUCGGUGGGACAAGAUCGUGUUGAAAAAAUGGUACACAAUUUUCAAGGACCACGUGUCGCUGGCUGACUAUGAAAUUCAUGAUGGCAUGAACCUGGAAUUAUAUUAUCAGUAGCAUGUGCUGAAACUUUUGUAAGGCAGAGGCUACCUUUUCUAAGACUUUUGUUUUUAAUUUAUCUUCAUCACCAUUGACAUUAAGUGACCUGAGAUUUCGUUAGCUCUGAUGGUAUUUUAGCUUUGAUGGCAAUAAACCAGAAAAUCAGUUUUUUUAAAAAAAUAUAUACGGAUGUUUAUAAUAAAUGUGUCCUGA